AUGUUAUGCGCUGCUACUGCCACGUUAGCAGCUACCCAGUAUGGCAAUGGUUGGUCUGCUAUUGUUUUGCCAAGUUGGACGCCUGGCAGGAUUGCGUCAAUACGUGGUAUCUAUCCAACAAGAGUCCUUAGUUCUGACUUUGCUAAUCUAAGAUGCCUGCCUAUUUCACAGGAAAUAUAA